CCCCGGUCUGCGGACCACGCCCCCUCCGUUCAGCAAAAGCAGAGCUGUCGGUGUCCUCCUGCAUGUCCUCCUGUUUCUGUGACUCACUGAAGACACAACUGACAGGAGGCCAGGGAUCAGUUUACUUUGGAGACCUUCUCAAGAUGUUGCCUCAACACCUGAAGCAGAUUCGAGUCCUAAUGCUCAACGACAAGGAGAAUUUAGAGAGGACCCUGUUCAGACUUGAACAAGGUUUUGAGCUCCAGUUCCACUUAGGUCCGAACCUUCAGGGGAGGAGGGUUAUGGUGCACACCAACUAUCCGCUUGAAGGACAGCAGUUUAAACGAAACCACUUCCGUGUUUUGGCGUGGAGCUACCCAACAGGAAGAGAGGAUGACUCUGAUAAGUUCUGCUCUCUGGACCUCAAGAUUGCCGGUUCCUAUCAGUACUACUUUGCAUAUGGAGACACAGAGCGUUCAGGAGGAGGAUACAUCGUAGUCGACCCAGUCCUUCAUGUUGGAGCAGACAAUCACGUCCUCCCAUUAGACUGCAUUACCAUCCAGACCUACCUGUCCAAAUGUCUAGGACACUUGGAUGACUGGCCAGACAGACUGAGAGUAGCCAAGGAGUCAGGAUACAACAUGAUCCACUUCACGCCUCUCCAGACUCUCGGAGAGUCCAGGUCCUGUUACUCCUUGGCAGACCAGCUCAACUUUAACCCUGAGUUCAGCCCCAACGGUCAGAGCUACAGCUGGGCAGAUGUGGGGGCACUGGUGGAGAAGUUAAAGAGAGAAUGGAACAUGCUGUGUAUUACAGAUGUGGUGUAUAAUCAUACUGCUGCUAACAGUGUGUGGAUCCAAGAACAUCCAGAGUGUGGGUACAACCUGGUGAACUCUCCCCACCUGCGACCAGCCUGGGUCUUGGAUAGAGCUAUCUGGCAUUUAACCACCAGAGUAGCAGAGGGGCGCUACGAAGCUAAAGGACUUCCUGCUGAUAUCACCAACGAGAGCCAUCUGAAUGCCAUCCGUAGUGUGUUGUGGCAGGACUUGUAUCCCCAGCUCAAACUGUGGGAGUUCUACCAGCUCAAAGUGGACAUGGCUGUGGAGCAGUUCAAAACCCUACUGCAGAAAGGCACCAAGCCAGACCAUAGUAAGACUGGAGGGAAGAAGGGCCUAAGUAUCAUUCAAGACCUGAAUUACCGUCGUUAUGGCAACACAUUGGACAUGGACUCUGCUCUGGAGACUUUUGUACCUCACAGCUCCUCCCCGCAGAACAUUGAGGAGUGCUGUGGUUGGCUGAGACAAAAACUGGACCAGCUGAAUGAAGAACAGCACAACUUCAUGCACAUGCAUCAUGAGCAGGCUGCCAACUGUAUCGUGGGAAACGUAGUGUACGAGCGUCUGGCAGACCACGGCCCCAAACUUGGUCCUGUUAGUAGGGAAAACCCUCUGGUUACCAGGUAUUUCACCUUCCCAUAUCAGGACAUGACUCUGGAGCAGGAGCUGCAGCUGCUGGAGCAGCCAGACAAGACGUGUCAUUUCCUGGCCCACAACGGUUGGGUGAUGAGCGACGAUCCACUGCGCAACUUUGCUGAGCCAGGCUCCAAUGUGUACGUGCGUCGGGAGCUGGUAUGCUGGGGUGACAGUGUCAAACUGCGCUAUGGCAAUGGGCCUGAGGACUGCCCCUACCUGUGGGCCCACAUGAAGGAAUACACUGAGAUCACAGCAAAAUAUUUCAAUGGACUCAGACUGGACAACUGCCACUCUACACCAUUACAUGUAGCUGAGGCCAUGUUAGAUGCAGCCCGGGCGGUCAGACCCAAUCUGUAUGUCAUAGCUGAACUGUUUACAGGCAGCGAGCUCAUUGACAAUGUGUUUGUUAACCGGCUGGGAAUUAGCAGCCUUAUACGAGAGGCCAUGUCAGCUGGUGACAGCCAUGAGCAGGGCCGGCUGGUCCAUCGUUACGGAGGUGAGCCAGUCGGGGCUUGUGUUCAGCCCAGCCUUCGACCACUGAUGCCCUCCAUCGCCCAUGCCAUGUUUCUUGAUGUAACCCAUGACAACGAGUGUCCCAUACAGCUGCGUUCAGCACUGGACUCCCUCCCCAGCUCUGCUAUGGUCUGCAUGGCCUGCUGUGCUACUGGUUCCACCAGAGGAUAUGAUGAAUUAAUGCCACAUCAGAUCUCUGUGGUGAAGGAGGAGCGUUUUUACCCCAAGUGGAACCCCUCUGCACCCCCCACCUCCACUGGUGAGGUUGGAUUCCAGACUGGCAUCAUAGCUGGGAAACUGGCUCUCAACAAGCUGCACCAGGAACUGGCUUCCCAUGGCUUCACACAGGUGUUUGUAGACCAGGUGGAUGCAGAUAUUGUUGCAGUGACUCGACACUGUCCCAGCACACAUCAGUCUGUGGUGGCAGUGUGCAGGACAGCCUUCUUGAACCCCAAAACCCACCAGUACGACACCAACGUCCCACCCAUGUUCAUACCUGGGAAGAUAGAGGAAGUGGUGCUGGAGGCAAGGACAGUGGAAAGGCAUGCUGGGAGUUAUAAGAAGGAUGACAACUACAUUAACGGCAUGCCAGAAUACACUGUGGAAAUAAAGGAGCAUAUAUCGUUACAGGAGAGUACAAUGGUGAAGCAAGCUGGAGUGAUAUCUAAAGGUCCAUCAGAGUUUGUGCAGGAAAUCACUUUUCAGAAUUUGACACCUGGCAGCGUCAUCGCCUUCAGGGUUAGUUUAGACCCCAAGGCCCAGAAGUUUGCGGCGGUGCUGAGAUAUUAUCUGUCGCAGUUCAGCCCAAAAUACAGGAGAGGCAGUGUAGCAGAUGAAAACCCACCAGAAGCACUGCAGAAGCCGCUGGCACAGCUGAUGUCUAAGUUGACGUUAGCAGACCUGAAUGUCCUGCUGUUUCGCUGCGACUCAGAAGAACAAGAAGAUGGUGGAGGAUGUUACAGUGUCCCAGGCUGGGAGACCCUCAAAUACGCUGGACUACAAGGGCUGAUGUCAGUGCUGGCUGAUAUCCGUCCCAACAAUGACCUGGGCCAUCCCGUGUGUGCUAACCUCAGACAAGGGGACUGGCUCAUAGACUUUGUAUCUAACAGACUGAUACGCAGAGAGGGACCACUGGAACAGGUGGGUCAGUGGUUGGAAGCUAUGUUUACCUAUUUGAAACACAUCCCACGGUACCUCAUCCCCUGUUACUUUGAUGCCAUCCUGGUGUCAACCUACACUACAGCCCUGGACGCAUCUCACAAACUCAUGUCCAGUUUCAUCCAGAACGGCUCCAGCUUUGUCCGUUUCCUGGCGCUGGGUUCAGUUCAAAUGUGUGGGGUCGGACACUUGCCUGCCCUCCCUCCCCUUUCUACGAAAAUCAAGGACGUUCCCUACCGCAUCAGUCCAAUCACAGGCCAGAAGGAGCAGUGCUGUGUCUCAUUGGCUGCAGGUCUUCCUCAUUUCUCCUCUGGGAUUUUCCGCUGCUGGGGCAGAGACACUUUCAUCGCUCUCAGAGGACUGAUGCUGCUCACUGGGAGACACACGGAGGCUCGUAACAUCAUCCUGGCCUUCGCGGGAACGUUGCGUCACGGUUUGAUCCCCAACCUGCUGGGUGAGGGUCGCUGUGCUCGGUACAACUGUCGUGAUGCUGUGUGGUGGUGGCUGCAGUGCAUUCAGGACUACACUACCCAUGUUCCUCAAGGGGAUGACAUCCUUCAGUGCCCUGUCACACGCAUGUACCCUACUGAUGACUGUGAACCCUUGACACCUGGAGAGGUGGAGCAACCUCUCUAUGAUGUGAUCCAGGAGGCUCUGCAGCGCCACCUACAGGGAAUUUCUUUCAGAGAGAGAAACGCUGGAUCCAAGAUAGACAUGCACAUGAAAGAUGAAGGGUUCAACGUGGAUGUUAAGGUGGACCCAGCCACAGGCUUUGUGACGGGAGGAAACCGCUCUAACUGUGGCACAUGGAUGGAUAAAAUGGGAGAGAGUGAGAGAGCCAGGAACAAAGGCAUGCCUGCUACUCCCAGGGAUGGAGCAGCAGUGGAGAUCGUUGGUCUCAGUAAGUCAGCUGUUCGCUGGGUUGUGGAACUCCAUGCCAAAGGACUGUUCCCUUAUGAUGGCGCUAAAGUACACAGAGAUGGUAAAGAGGUGUUCAUCUCAUACUCCCAGUGGAACCAGCAGCUCCAGCAGGCCUUUGAAGCAGGUUACUGGGUAUCUGGCGACCUAAAGGACCCCAAUGAGAAGCACCCUGACCUGGUGCACAAGAAAGGCAUCUAUAAAGACAGCUAUGGGGCCUCCAGCACCUGGUGUGACUACCAGCUGAGACCCAACUUCACCAUUGCCAUGGUGGUGUCUCCAGAGCUGUUUACAGUGGAGAAAGCCUGGAGGGCUCUUGAGGUGGCUGAGAAGACACUACUGGGCCCGCUGGGAAUGAAGACACUUGACCCGGAUGACAUGGUGUACUGCGGUGUCUAUGACAACGCUCUGGACAACGACAACUACAACCUGGCCAAAGGCUUCAACUAUCACCAAGGCCCAGAGUGGCUGUGGCCUGUAGGCUACUUCCUGCGUGCUAAACUCUACUUUGCCAAGAAGCUGGGAGAGGAAAGCUACGCUAAAACGGUCACCAUGGUGAAGAAUGUUCUGUCACGACAUUACACCCACCUGGAGAGGUCUCCAUGGAAGGGUCUGCCCGAGCUGACCAAUGAGAAUGGUCAGUUCUGUUCAUUCAGCUGUGAGAGCCAGGCCUGGUCUCUGGCCACGGUGCUGGAGAUCCUCUACGACAUGCAGCAGUUCUACUUCCUCUAGCAGAAUUGUUGGGCUGAAGUUUGACUGAAGAAGAAAAUCACCUUCUAACACAAAGCUUGCUUUUGAAUAGAAACACACAGAAGCAGCAACACUGCCUUCAGGGGCAGAUCCACUGAGCUGUGAGUCUACUGUUGUUUGGGUUAACGGUGAUACAGACCGUGUGGGAUGUGUCUGAUCGGCUGGUGAAAAAUAAUACGCUUCAAAUGAACUGUAUUCACAAUAACUAUAUGUGAGAAUGUCAGGUGUAAACUCUGCCCUGUGCCCUUCCUGCUUCUAAUUCUUUUGAUGCUCCUCCUGAAAGAUGACAGGAGCUCACCCCUCCCUGUGUGUGUGUACCCUCAUUGUGUAACGUUCCUCUGACAUCAGUUGCUGCAGUCAUGUCCUUUGAGAGAGACUGGAUAACGUUACACAGACUGCACAUUCCAUCGAGGGCAAUUUGCUAUUGGAUUGUUAUAAAUAACUAAAUAUUCUCUAAUAUUUUGACUGAAUGAAAUUAAACUGAGCUCAGCCCGUUGAUAUGAACUUAAUAUCAUAUCACUCAUUAUACACUGAAGCACUUUGACCUCCAGCCAGUAGCCUAGCAACACAGGGCAGAGCUCACACAGCUGUAAUAACCUGAGUCCUCCUGUCACAGCCGACCCGUGUACACCAAGGAGCUAAAGCCCCAAGGUCAGCAGCUCUCUAUAGUACUAACCCUCCACCUGAUGCCUUUAGAACAUAGAACAAUACAUAUCCUUAUGUAAAGCUGAUGGUCUUCCAGCUGUUCCUCAUUUCACCACAUUUUCCCUACAAGCCUUAUGAUGUAGUUAAACAUUAUAUUUAACUGUGUAUUAAUGUUGAAACAGCAGUUCUGUGCAUGAGCAUUGUUGUAGUGUUUCCUCUGUGUGUAACAUGCUGUAGCUCUGCUGGGGGCCUUCCACUUUCUUCUAGCUGUAGGUGUCACAUGACACAUCAGCACUCCUCUCAAAAAGAGCAGAAACAAAAAACUAACUCUUUCUCUGUACGACGUUCAAAGAAAGUUCACUGUGUGCAUCUUAACACUUGGAUAUAUUUGUUAAUGUGUUUUAAAAUCACAACAUAUCUAGUGUCUAGCCUCAAUGGACUUCCAACAUGUGACUUCCUCACUGGUGUAGAGAACAUCAUUCUGUUACAGUGUACGCUGCAGCUCAGACACUCGUCUUUGUUCAAACGUUAAAUGACAAUGAAAUGAAAGUAAUAGAACUAAUCACAUUGAAGAGAUGUUAUUUAAUCCAUUACCUUUGUCCUUCUACGUUUACAAUGUAAUUUACAGUGCCAAUGAGAACCAACAUUCACCUGUGCAAUGGCUGAUUUAAUACAAGUAAUAAUAAUCCAGUUAUAGAACUAUCUAAACAAAGUGACAUCAUGUCUCUACAAUCAUGUACAGACUGUACUGUUAGUUCUACUAAACUAUUGAAUCAAUAAUCCCCCCCCCCCCCCCCCACACACACACACACACACACUGUAUCUGCCAUGUCAUCAGUGUGUCUGCUGUGUAAUGUUUACUGUUUGUGUAGUGUUACCGUUGCUAUAGACAGCAAUGCUGAAUAAACUGUUACAGGAC